AUGGUGUCACCGGCACCACCACCCGAAGCACACAUAGCCCAUCUGAUGGGCGAACCAAAAGGAUCAGCAUCGAAUCGAUACUUUGACGAUAUAAUACCGUUGGGUGAAAGUGAGGUGCGAGAUGCGCUACUGCAUGAAGUGAAAAGGCAUCGAUAUUGGAAGUCGUCCGCCUUCAAGAAGAUGCAGUUUGAACGACUCUCAGGCUUGGCUAUACGUGCUCGAAUCGCAUUCACCGAAGCACGGUCGACAUCAGAAGCGGCCGAGGCCGUCAACCCUGGACAGCUACUCGAUCAUGCCACCACUUCCUUUACGAACCCAUGGGAUUUCGAGUGUGUUGCUCCAGCCAUCGAGGAUGUUCGAGUUCUGGAAAUGCCCGGCAGCAGUACGAUAAACCCGUGCUCUGUCUGCAAUUCCGAAGGCACUUAUCAUUGUUUUCAUUGCCGAGGCUUAGGUACGCACGAUUUGUGUUACAUGUGCCAUGGACGUGGUGUGAAGGAGUGUCAUCACUGUAAAGGCGGUGGUAAAAAACCCUUGUACAGCCUGCUGUGGAUCUGGGUAAGCGUCCGCAACUAUACAAAACUCAAAGUAUACUUUAAAACUGAACGCUCUGAAUUUUUCACUCAAUCUGAGGUACCGGAAAAAUUGCUGUCACAAGUCAAAGGGAGAGAGAUCUUCUGUGAGGAGCAACCAUACGUGCUUCCUAUAACAAAAUAUCACGUUGAUGAAGUGAACGAGAAGAGCAAGCUGUUUUGUGCGCAACAUCUUCAGAACAGCAUGGGCAUGUGUAGAGUGAUUCAGCAGCGGCAUUGUUUGGUUGCGAUUCCAGUGUGCAAGGUCUAUUAUACCCUCGGCAAAACGAAAGGCACAUUCUUCGUCUAUGGUAACGAAAGACAGUGCUAUGUGCCGAGUUUCCCAUCAAAAUGUGUCAUUUUAUAG